AAAUAUAAAAUGUAUAAAGAAAAUCCUGAUAUACCGAUUCCACUGAGAACAUUAAAUAGAUGGACUGCAAAAAAAAAUGUUGAUAAUGGAAAUCAAGACUUUGGUGUAUUAAGUUUAGAGAAUGAAAAACGUGAUGGAGAAUCUAGUGAGGAAAACACCAGUGACAAUAGCUACGAUCAACAAAGAAUUGAUACUAGCGAUAAAUCAGAAAAUAAUGACCAUUAUAGUGCAUCGAGCAUCAACGAAGUAAUUGGUAUUGAAGACGAAGUAAUCGGCGAUAACUUUGAAUUAAUAGAGCCUAGUUGUACGAUUACUACUGAAAUCCAGGAUGAUGAACGACAAUUGAUUGCUUCUGCAGGGUUCAACUACAAAAAUUUAAAUAUUUAUGCUCGAGUAAAAAUAUAUAAUGAAAUUUAUACAUCAACAAUUUAUAAAGCAAUUAAAACGAACAGUUUCACUGUGAAAAUAAUUCAGAAUUGUGAUUCGUGUAUUUAUGGAAUGAUAAAAUUUUUUUUUGAGAGUGAAAGUCAGUUGUAUUUUAUAGUUCAAUGCUUGGCUGUAAAUCAUGAAAAAAUGAUGAUUCAGACAAGUACAAAAACAGCAGUAAGACAUAUAAUACCUGUAACAGAAUCAUCAAAACACUUGCUAAUAAAACUUACCGAGGUAAAAAAUAUAUGUCAGCUUGUAUGUGUAGGGGAAUACAUUUGUAAGAGACCUGAUCAAUUAAAAAAAGUUUGGUAA